AUGACGGGAAAGAAGUGUGUGACCCUGUUCGGCGGCAUGUCCCGGGAAUCCAUUGCGCAGGCGAAGGUGGAAAGUGAAAAACAAGAAGAAGAAGCUCCUGCCUCCCCGGACGAUGUGGCCCUGCAGGCGGUGGAGCAGCAAAAGAUGGAGGAAAACAACCAACGGGGCCAGAAGUGGAAGAACAAGCAAGGCCCGACCCCGCUGGACCUGGGACAGGGCGAAAUCGCCAACUGCUAUUUCAUGGCCGCCCUGUCCGCGCUGGCCGAAGAGCCGGACCGGGUCACCUAUCAAAUGCAAAAAUAUCUGGGUCUGGAAACUUGUGAUGCUAAAAUGUGGAUGAUGGAAAGAGUUCCGAAUGCAGACAGGCAUGACAACUUUCCAGAAGGCUUUCUCGUAGGAAACCAACAUGAGAAACUACGUUUUUGCAUGCACAUCAAAAGAGGCUACGACUUUUGUUGGUUCUGCAAUACAGAUUUUCUAGGUAUGGAAAGCCAGCAUUACAAGUUCCCGGACCCAGACAUAUUUGCAAUCCAUAUCACCAGCUUGUUUGCCAACUCGAAAAUGACCCCGUCGGGACAGUACAACGUGGUUCUGUUCGUCGACGUAUCAACUGCAAAAAUGUCUGGGUCUAGUUAGAAGAUUACCGGGCAUGCAUAUUUUGCAUGACCCAUGAUGCCUGUAGUGCACGACUUAGCUGCAUCACAGAUUUUUGGAAGGCUUCCGAUUCCUAAUCCGCAUGACAAAUGCCCUCUCGUCCGCCUUGCACAAACUGGGCUCCUCUUGGUGGUCAUGCAAUACACAUUUUUUUUAGAAUCCAAAGACAGCAUAAGAUAACAAGUUUGGAUCCUUCCAGACCCAGACAUAUUUGCAAUGCAUAGGACGGAACGUGGCAGACCUACACGGUGGACGAUCAAUUUUACGUGAACAACGAAACCAACAAGUAUGAACUGCAAAAGUAUUGUACUCGUAGUAAUUGCAGUCACGCAUUAAAAAUCUUCUUCUUAAGGUAAAUCCGCAUUAGAAAUUUUAUUUGUCAUGCUGAGAAAAUAAUUGUAAUGCAUUUAUACGAGUAGGAUACACUUUUGCAACGCAUAACAAGCCAAUGUUUGCGAAUUCCAAAGGCUCCUCGAAGCUGUGGCCGCUUUUGCUGGAAAAGGCGUACUGCAAGGCGAAGUUCGGCGGGGACUGGGACAAAUUCGGUUCGGGCGGCCAGCCGUACGAGGUCCUGCAUGCGCUCACCGGGUUGCAGACGGGGUUGGUCAGCACCUCCGGCCUCACCCGGAUAUGAACUGCAAGAGUAUCGUACUCGUAUAAAUGCAUUACAAAUUUCCUCAGCAUGAGAAAUAAAAUUCGUAGUGUGGAUUUACCUUGAGAGAAACAUCUGUAAUGCAAGACUCACAUUUAUACCAAUGCGAUACUUUUGCACACGAUACCGGACCUUCACCGACGACGACUUGUACGAAAUUCUGAAGGAAACCAUAUCAAAUGCGAAAAUGUCUGGGUCUGGAAGAGUGCAAGGUUUGUCAUGCACAUUUUGCAUGACUCCUGAUGUCUGUGAUGCAUGCUCUAGCAUCACAGAUUUUAUUGCGAGGGCUUCCUGAUGCCUGUACUGCAUGAGAAAUGCCCUCUCGCCGUGGCAAAAACUGGACCUCUUUAGCUGUUCAUGCAAUACAGAUUUAUUGUGGAAUCCAAAUCCAGCAUGACAAGUUCCAACCUUCCAGACCCAGACAUUUUUGCAUUUGAUGAACCAUUGUGGACAACGACAACGGGAUGGCGUGCGCCAGCGUCGAAUCCUUGCCGUUUCUGUCCAACAUUGUCUUUCCGGCCAUUGUGUACAACAUGGUAGUGUCUGUGUGCGUGAACCCCUGCGCCGCGGUGUGUCGCAAGAGCGUCCCCAUCUGCUUUGACUGCCUCUUCAGCCUGUACACGGUGGCGAAGGAGACCGCGAACUGCUUCUUCACGUUGGUCUGUUGUCCCGUCUGGGACUGCUACUCCAUCUGCACGAUGCUGUGGAACCUGAAGAUGACCGGCCUCGUCGCCACCCACGCCUACAGCAUUCUCGACGUGGCGACCGUGCCGGUCGGGUGUUGCUGCGGGCUCGGGUCCGGGACCCUGUCCGGCGAAGUCCGCAUCGUGAAGCUGCGCAACCCGUGGGGAACUGGGGAGUGGAAAGGCGCCUUUUCCGACACCUCCUGCUGCUGGAACGAGGAAGCGUCGAACCAGGUCAAGCUCGUUGCGGCGGACGAUGGCGCGUUCUGGAUGCGGCUGGGCGACUUCCGUCGCUACUUCUCCCGGGUCUCGGUGUCGCCCUACCGCCUGGAAAUGCAACAGCGCAAGUCUACUGCUGCGAGCGAGCAGUGAGGGUACAGUUGGAUGUGCAGGUUGUAGCAGAAGAAAGCCACGUCGAGGUCGUGCGCUUAAGUUUGAGUUUAUCCAAAUGUAGUUUUCAAAAUGAUAAACCUUUUGAAAAUAAACUGUCGUGCCAAAUUUCUUCGUACUUUGCUGGGUCGUCGUCGUUUCAAAGAAGUCUUCAACUUUUCAUGCACUCCUAAUUUUCGUUUUUCUCCGUCUGGCUCAAUCUAUGUGGUGACUGAACGAGAUUUAGAUUUCACAAGAACAUUUACGCAGUUUAGUUUAUCUUCUCUACCCGUAAAAUUUACUCCAUCCUAAUGUUGUAGUUUACUUACUUUAUUGAACAAGACAUCGAUUUUAUCUCCUUUUGUUGGUGGUGCCUUUUUAGGGUCCUCAUGCUCACACUGCAUCAAACCAAGCCUAUGCCUAUUAGUUUUUCAUUUUUAUUUUGUAGUGAAGCAGCCACAGGUCGUCGUCUUUAUCUGCAUCGACCUUAGCGCGAGCUAAGUGCUCUUCCCUUCGCACUGAUAAGAACUGUUGUAGUAAAAAUCAAAAUGGUAAUGGUAUAUCGUUAUCUCUGCUGGGGAAAAUGAUAUAGGAGCCAUUAGGACUCCCAAGGAUCUUCUUCAAGAUGAAGCUGACUUAUGAC